CCGUAACCGGCGGCCAGAUAGGAAAGCGAGUGAAAAGCGGCGCUGCUUGUUGGCACCUUCACCGACGAGAGUUGUGAACGAGGUGACGAUCGACGGACGGGCGAGCGAUCGGCGCGAAUAAAUUAGUGUGACAACCCCGGCGAUGGCUUUGGCACGGCUAGUGGCGCGCAUCGAGCGGACGCUUUACGUGCACUACGAGGACAGCUUCAUUUACUUUUUCGAGCCCAACUUUGAGGAGCUACCGACCGAGCUGAUCAUACAUCUGUUCAAGUAUCUGAACCCGAGCGAUCGCAGCGCGGCAGCAUUGGUGUGCCGGGCGUGGUACUAUGCCUACCGCUAUCCGGAGUUUCUGCGGGCCGCCUGUCUGCACAUCCACGACGUGGAGUUUGUUGACAAUGGCCACCCGCUCAAGGGGCUGCUAACGUCGUUCCGGUACUACACGGACGUGCGCGUUACGAAGGUGGUGUUUGGCAGUCGGAGCGAGUUCUGGAGUGAGUUUGGCUGGGCGAUCGAAACACUCACGCUGGACAACUGUGUCGUGUGGAAGCACAAACUGAUCUCGAUCCUGAAGCACAUGCCUCGGUUGCGAUCGCUAAACAUUCACAACUGCCCGGAUCUGUUCAAAAGCUGGAAGCUGGUGGAGAACAUUACUGUUUCGUGGUUGCUGGUGUUGCCCCAGCUACGGCACCUCAGUUUGGCGCGCAACAAUCGAUUCCAGGAGUUUCACUUCGACUAUCUGGUCAACAUGGCACCGAACCUGGAGUCGCUCGAUAUUUCCGAGUGCUUCAGUAGCAUCGAGGCCCGCCAGCGUAUCCUGAUGCUCAACCACGUGCUCGAGUACGUCCGGGUGAACCGUGCCCGGUUACGGCACCUCUUCAUCGGUGGCAUCCCGGUCGACAAUCUGUUCCUGCGCGGACUGGCCGAUAUCAGAGGGCUAACGUUGCACGGGCUGGGACUAAUGGUGUGCGAAAAGAUCCCCAACAACGAGCUGUGGCAGUGUGGCAUCAUCGAUCUGCUGCGAGCGCAAACCCAACUGACGCACCUGGACCUUUCGAAGUCGCUCGCCCUCAACGAUUAUUCGUUGAUUCAGAUCUCGCGUUCGAUUCCGCAGCUCGAAACGCUCAUCCUUAACCGCUGUUGGAUGGUCACGGACUAUGGUAUCACGGCAAUCAAGAGUCUGGUUCGGUUGCGGCACAUCGACCUGACCAACUGUGAACGAAUAACCGACGCCGGCCUCAUAGGUGGACUGUUCACGCACAAUCGCAAAAACGUACGCCGUCUGUACCUGGGACUGCUGACCAACAUGAGCGAUGCGGCGCUGACGAAGGUGUCGUUCGAGUUCUGCAACCUGGUCGUGCUCGAUCUGGGCGGGUGUUCCAACAGCAUCAACGAUCUGUCGGUCCAGUACAUCUUCUACCACAUGACCCGGCUCCAGGAGCUCAAUCUGGACUGCUGCGCCAAGGUCUCCGAUGCCGGCAUUACGGGCGUGGACAUGGAGGAGAAAGCGUUUGCCAUCUGGGACAUUGAGCUGUCGUUCUCGAUCUCCGACCUAACCGGGCUGCGCUCUCUGACGCUGGCCGGGUGCUACAAAAUCACCGACGUGUCGUUCGGGCGGUGCUUCCAUUUCCGCGAACUGAAGGAACUCAGCCUGGCCCGGUUACUGCAGAUAACCGACCGCGGAAUCGAGCAGCUCGUCCUCGGGUGUCCCUCGCUCGAGCUGGUGGAUUUCAGCGAGUGCCGUACGAUCACCGACCGGUGCAUCGAGAUCGUCGCCAAGUGUGAGCCCCGGCUGACGACGCUCAAGCUCCAGAACUGUCCGCUGCUCACCGACCAGGCGAUGGGGUACAUCAUCGAAAACUGCCAGGUGCUGCGGACGCUCAACAUUCGCGGCUGCCACCAGAUAUCGUCGUACGCGGAGACGUGGGUCCGGUCGGCCGUCAAAACGCUGCGCCAUCUGCAGGGCAACACACGGGAGGAGCUGUAGCGGCGAGCGGGGAGUCAACGGCCACAACAGGGCCCAGCAAGUCAGGUGGAUCACCCUCUCUCUCUCACUCUCGUAGGCCUCUUGCACGGGGCAUAGUAAUGAUCAGUAAAGGCUUUUGGUUAAUUAGUCGGUGCGCCCGAUGCUUAAGAUGGUGCGAGAUCAAAGGCAAGAGCCGACGCCGUCGCCGCCGGGGCGACUGUUGCGCUGCCGACACCACCACCUUCAUUCAUCCGAGGCCCGCCCGAGGAUCGGGCAAAGGAUGGGAUCGGCAUCGCGAUCGGCAUCGGAAAUAAGACCCAGCGCGCGCCGCUCGGCUCCCGGUCAAGCAUGUCCAAGCGCAAACACACAAAAGUGCACGCAUCCCGCGGGGCCCCGGGGCCCGGGGAAUGCAAAGCAGAGAGAGAGAGACGGACGCGAGCGCACUGGGACGAGAAAAGGAAGGCUGGGGCCGGUUACAGAAGUGAAUUUAUAUGAUUUAAUAAUUUUAUG